AUGAUGACACCGAUCGAGGAGAAGAGAGAUGAAAAGAUCCGCACAGGGAUGGUGCAAGUGUCGGACGGCAAGUCGCGGCCGCGGCCCGCGCGCCUCGUGCUCACGAUGGAGGCGGUGACAGUGCAGCGUGAGGUGAUCGUCCCUGCACAACCGCCUAGGGACAAAAAUGUGCCACACGCUAGGGAACGUAUGGUUCAAAUAACUCGGCAGAAGGUCGGUGGACUGGGGCUUAGUAUAAAGGGUGGAGCAGAGCAUAAGCUGCCAAUACUAAUAUCCAAAAUUUAUAAGGAUCAGGCCGCCGACCAGACGGGACAACUUUUUGUUGGAGAUGCCGUCAUCAAAGUCAACGGAGAGUAUAUAACAGCGUGCAAGCACGACGACGCUGUUAACAUACUUCGGAAUGCAGGGGAUAUAGUCGUGUUGACGGUGAAACAUUAUCGCGCCGCCACACCAUUCUUACAGAAACAAGCGGACGGCGCGUCCGACACCGACAGCAGUACGGGCGACGAGCACCCCUCGCUGCAUAACAAAGUGGAUGCGAACUGCAACGAGCGCUCUACUGAAACCAAUGGCGGAUGGCAGAGUGCGUGGGGCGAGGAGGAGAGCCGGCCGGGCAGCGCGGCGGGCGCCGGCUCGCGCCCGCCCUCCGCGGCCUCCGACCGCCUGCCCGCCGCGCGCGAGUGGCUCGACGUCGUGUCUGUACCUUUAAUGAUGGCGUACGUCACGCGCUACGUGUUCGGGACGGACAAGCUGAGGCCCGGCGCUUUUGAAGUGCGCGGCGCGCGGCCGCACGUCACGUCGGGCGUCAUCCACGUGGACGAGCCCGCCGCGCUCUCGCACUGGCUCAAGGGCAUCGCCGACAACAUCGCCGGCCUCACCAACCUGCAGAUGAAGCUGCUGAACCGGCACCUGGCGGGCGGCGAGCGCAUCGAGUACAUGGGGUGGGUGGCGGAGGGCGAGGCGGCGGCGGCGGCGCACGUGUACCGCCCGCGCUUCCUCGUGCUCAAGGGCACCGACGUCAUGCUCUUCGACGUGCCGCCCACGAACAGCGCGGAGCUGGCCAAGUGCCCGGAGACGCUGAAGGUGUACCAGACCAUGUUCCGCACGGUGAAGGAGAGCGAGACGGUGGACUGGCGCCAGCACUGCUUCCUGGUGCAGAGCUCGGCCGCGCUGGGCGCCGCCGCCGCGCCGCCGCGCUACUUCAGCGCCGACACGCGCCACGCGCUGCUGCGCCUCGAGGCCGCCUGGACCGCCAGCGUCGUCAACUCCGUCGUGCGCCUCGGGAAGAAGACGUUCACGGUGGUGCACGCGGGGCGCGCCGCCGGCCUCACGCUGGACUGGGCCGCCGGCUUCUCGCUCAGCGAGGGCACGCCGGGCGCGCCGCCCGUGUGGGCCUACAGGUUUUCACAAUUAAGAGGUUCGAGCGACGAUGGGAAGUCAAAAUUGAAAUUACAUUUCCAAGACAGUGAGACUAAAGUUAUUGAAACUAAGGAGCUGGAGUGCCAGAUCCUGCAGAGCCUGCUGUUCUGCAUGCACGCCUUCCUCACGGCCAAGGUGGCGGCCGUCGACCCCGCCUUCCUCGCCUCCAUACACCACUCCGCC